AUUUACUCAGUGGUGAUCAUUCCACUUUUGUAUGUCUUGCACUUCGUUAAUUGCAAUGCUUGCAGAUUCAUUUGGUUGUAAUUUUCAUUGCAGCUACUGUUACAAAGAUGCUGCAUAUAUUGAGAGGAAUGAUAGUAAUCCAUUCCACUUGAUUAGCAUGGUUAGUUUUAGCUGAGAAAUUCUUUUGGAUGAAAAAAGAAGCAAUAUUAGAGAAAGAAAAGACCAACAUAGAUCCUAUGGUCACUGAGGUUUGGAGCUUGUCAUGGGUCAGCAAACCACAGUUUUGCAACAAGUGGGUCAGCUCUCCUACCUUGUUGACCUAUAAUCUAGAAAUUCCCAAAGAGAACCCUCAAUCUCUAGAGAUUAGUAUCAAUUUAGUAACAAUUGUCCAAAUGAUUCAUUCAUGUUCCAAAGAGCUAUAUAUAGAUUGAGGCUGCAGCAACCAGUUCCAUAUUUUCUUGGAUCAGCAUUGCUAAUCAUCCAUUAUCCAAAUUUAUAGUAUAAGGAAAAAGAUGUCUAGUUAAACCAAAUCCUAAUCUUUUUUGUAAACUAAGAAAUUCAUCUGAACUGAAUAAUAGCAUUCUAAAACGGAGAGGCAAUGUAGGGCACAUUUGUGUAAUUACACAAGCACUUCUACUAAAUAAGGUAAUGGCCAGCUCUGUUUUAGCAAUAUAGAAGGUAAAAAGAGAAGAGACUAGGAGGGAAAGAGUGAAAAGAAAAAGGUAAAGGCAAAUGGGAGGGAGAAAAGAGGGAGAAGAAGAAGAGAAGUGCAGAGAAAAGGAGAAACUAGAAUUUGGAAGGAAAUGCUAUCAAUUCUGUUCCAAGAUACUCAUUAUAUCAAAUAUCUUUAUACAGGCAAAGUUCAAAAAGAGUGUCAAAAGAGUCAAUAUACAAUCUUAGCAACCAAACAUGUUGGCUCCUUGAGAUUGUAAUAAUCUUUUUUCCAAUGUUAGGUGGCACAAACUGGUAACAUGUGGUUGCCACCUCCUUAGCUCAUCAUCUUUGACCCAUGAGAAGUGAUGCAAGUCAGACACUUGGAAGACAAAUUGACAAAUUGCUGACAACUUUUGAACCAAACAAAAGUGUAGCAUGUUAAGCGUUUGCUCAAAGGGAGGUUUGUGCUGGUUUGCUCGCGAGGAGUUAGAGAAGCUUGAGUCUGAUUAAGUUUCUGGUUUCUAGUUUUAUUAUUAGUAGUUAAUCAGCAGUUAACUUGUUUUUUGGAUUUUUAAUAUCUUUCAAGUUGAAGAGGGUUCCUUGCCAGUUCUGUUGAUUGAAAUGCAAAAAAAGGUGCCUUUUGUUUGAUGGAUGAAGCAACAUCAGCCCUUGAACGAUUGUUCAAAAACUUGUUUUAGCACUCCUCGAUUUUUCCUAAUCCUUCAUUGCAGAGUGUGAUGCUCAUACCAUGGCGUCGAAGCAGUAAUCCAACAGUCCGAACAGCCAAUGGCCUAUUUUAGCUGAAUAUCCAUUGCUUACGAGCUUAAGAAAAAGAGUUGACAGGCCUUAGCAAACCAAUAAGACAUUGGAUUACUUAUUUGCGAGAUAUUGCUAUAAGAAUUUGUGGUGCGCAUACAUUAGUUUAGUCUCAAAUAUUUGUUGGAGAAAAAAUUGCUACUCCCUGUAGCAACACCAAUCAAAUCAGACAAUCCCAAAAAAAAAAGUUGUUAUAGUCUUUGGUCUGAGAUGUUGUCAUGGUUACACUAAGAACAAAGUCUUGAAACAAUCAGAAAGCUUGUUUGUUGCGGAUGUAUAGUGAUCCUCUAGGGCUUGUUGUAACAGAAUUGUAUAUGGACAUUAUAACCAACUUAGUAUUAAUUGUUCAGAUGUUUUAUUUUUGUUCAAAUGGCUACAUGUAUAGAGGAGGCACCGGCAACCAGUUUCCUUAUAAGCUUUGCUGAUCACUUAUCCAAAAGACUCCUAGUCAAAGCCAAUCCGUUAGCUUCUUGAAACUAAAAAAUUCAUCUGGACCAAAAAAUUAUUCUAAAACAUAAAAUUCAUUCCAACCCAGAGGUCUUUCUCUUACUUGUUAUGUGUCUCACAUGUAUAGACUCUGCCAGUGAACAUCAGAGAAUGAUAAAAGACUCUCCUAAAAAAAGGAGAAAAGGAAACAAGUUCAAUAACCACAACCCAAUUACUUUGCCUCAUAGUCAAAGAGACAUUCUUGCUGUUUAAUGUAAUGCAUUAAUCAUUUGCAAUAGAAGGUUAUUUUACUGUUCUAUAAAGCUAUUUUAAUCUAUUAUAAUUUCAUGUGAAAGACAUUUGCCAUUUAUAUUGAUUGCUUUUGCAUCAUUUCCAGUGUUUACUUGUCUACCUUGCAUUUUUGGUUAACUGUCUAUUUUAAAUCUCUUGCUCUCUCUUUAACAGCAUCAGUUUACUUUUCGAUUUUGUUGCUUCUCCUUUUGCAGCUUCCAAAUAUGUCAGCUACUAUGCCAUCCCAGUCACUUCUGCCAAGGAUGCAGUUUGGAUUAACUAGUAACAACUCACAGAGGACACACGCAUCUCAGAUUUUAGUGUUUAACAUGGGAGCUUCCAAUCCUGGUAGUAUGAUGUCGAUGCAACCGCAACAGCAACAGCAGCAAGCACAUAGUUCACAAGGUGCAUUCGGUAAUAUUCAGCCAAAUGCUCAGAAUCUACAAUCUAAUAUGGUAGCACUUCAAAACGCGCAACAAAAUCAUCCCAAUUUUGCACAGCAGAGACAACAAAAUCAGCAGUAGUGUCCUUUGAUCGAUAUCGGAGAUGCAGAACUUGGACUUAGCUCCAGUGUGAUUAUUGCAUUUUAUCCUCAACAUGAAAACAAGUAUAUUAGUCUGGAAAGAGCCAUUUCGUGGAUGUUUUCCUCUUUCUAUUACAUGGAAAAGUCAUGUACAGCUCA